UCCCUCCUCCCCUCCCCGCCGGCCCCCCCAAAUCCGCCGGCAUGCGGGGCUGAGGGGCCGGGGCCUCCGUCUAUUGUUCCUGCCCAGGGAGGGGAAUCGAGGCGGGGUGGGGGGGGGAGGUGGCAGACAAAGGGGGCCCGGCCGUCAUGUCCGGCGGCAAGGAGCCUGGGGGGCACCCCCCGGGCCCGGCCCCCCAGCACGCCCAGUACGUGGGGCCCUACCGGCUGGAGAAGACCCUGGGCAAAGGCCAGACGGGGCUGGUGAAGCUGGGCGUUCACUGCAUCACGGGGCAGAAAGUGGCCAUCAAGAUCGUGAACCGGGAGAAGCUGUCGGAGUCGGUGCUGAUGAAGGUGGAGCGGGAAAUCGCCAUCCUGAAGCUGAUCGAGCACCCGCAUGUGCUGAAACUGCACGACGUCUAUGAGAAUAAGAAAUAUUUGUACCUGGUGCUGGAGCAUGUCUCAGGGGGGGAGCUCUUCGACUACCUGGUGAAGAAAGGGCGCCUGACCCCCAAAGAGGCUCGCAAGUUCUUCCGGCAGAUUGUCUCCGCCCUGGACUUCUGCCACAGCUACUCCAUCUGCCACCGUGACCUCAAGCCGGAGAACCUGCUGCUGGACGAGAAGAACAACAUCCGCAUCGCGGACUUCGGGAUGGCGUCCCUGCAGGUCGGGGCCAGCCUGCUGGAGACCAGCUGUGGCUCUCCCCACUAUGCAUGUCCCGAGGUGAUCAAGGGUGAGAAAUACGACGGGCGCCGGGCCGACAUGUGGAGCUGCGGGGUCAUUCUCUUCGCCCUGCUGGUGGGGGCGCUGCCCUUCGACGACGACAACCUGCGCCAGCUGCUGGAGAAGGUGAAGCGGGGGGCCUUCCACAUGCCCCACUUCAUCCCCCCCGACUGCCAGAGCCUCUUGCGCGGCAUGAUCGAGGUGGAGCCGGAGAAACGGCUCAGCCUGGAGCAGAUCCAGAAGCAUCCCUGGUUCCUGGGGGGGAGGAACGAGCCGGAGCCGGAGCAGCCGGUGCCGCGGAAGGUGUCGAUCCGGCGCAUCCAGUCGGUGAGCGAGCUGGACCCCGACGUGCUGGAGAGCAUGUACUCGCUGGGCUGCUUCCGCGACAAGGGGCGCCUCCAGCAGGAGCUGCAGGCCGAGGGGGAGAACCAGGAGAAGAUGAUCUAUUACCUGCUGCUGGAUCGCAAGGAGCGGUACCCCAGCUGUGAGGACGAGGACCUGCCGCCCCGCAACGACGCCGAUCCCCCCCGGAAGCGGGUCGACUCGCCGAUGCUGAACCGCCACGGGAAGCGCCGGCCCGAGCGGAAAUCCAUGGAGGUCCUGAGCGUCACCGACGGGGGCUCCCCAGUCCCGGCCCGACGGGCCAUCGAGAUGGCCCAGCACAGCCAGAGGUCUCGCUCCGUCAGCGGUGCCUCCACUGGCCUGUCCUCCAGCCCACUGAGCAGCCCCAGGGUCACCCCCCACCCCUCUCCCCGGGGCAGCCCCCUCCCCACCCCGCUGGGCACCCCCGUCCACACGCCCAAGGACAGCCCCUCGGGCACCCCCGGGGGGACCCCCCCCUCCAGCCCCGGGGCCGCCGGCCUGGCCUGGAAAACGCGCCUCAGCUCCCUCAAGAACAGCUUCCUGGGGUCGCCCCGCUUCCACCGCCGGAAACUGCAAGUCCCCACCCCGGAGGAGAUGUCCAGCCUGACGCCGGAGUCCUCCCCAGAGCUGGCGAAGAAAUCCUGGUUCGGGAAUUUCAUCUCGCUGGAGAAGGAGGAGCUGAUCUUCGUGGUGAUCCGGGACAAGCCGCUCAGCUCGGUCAAGGCCGACAUCGUCCACGCCUUCCUUUCGAUCCCCAGCCUGAGUCACAGCGUCCUGUCCCAGACGAGCUUCCGGGCCGAGUACCGGGCGUCGGGGGGCCCGGCUGUCUUCCAGAAACCCGUCCGGUUCCAGGUGGACAUCAGCGCCUCGGACGGGGGGGCCGCCCCCAAGGACAGUGGGGUGUUCUCCGUCAGCUUCACCCUCAUCUCAGGGCCCAGCCGCCGGUUCAAGCGGGUUGUGGAGACGAUCCAGGCUCAGCUGCUCAGCUCCCACGACCAGCCCUCGGUGCAGGCCCUGGCCGACGAGAAGAACGGGCAGCAGCCCCGUCCGCCGGGCACCCCCACCCGCGUGGCCCCGAAUUCCCGGCGCUCCGACCCCGACGUCGCGGAGCAGCCUCGCCGCGGCUCGUGCAAGGAAAAGAAACUCGUGUCGUCCAACGGGACGCAGGCCCCCCAGCCCCCGCAGCAGCCAUGACCCCCAGGGAGCCCGGCCCCUCGCUCUGGCCCCA